UGUGCCUGUCGGCAGGUCGUUAAGUUAUAGCCGCCCGCGUGCGCUGACAUUAGCUACUCUAUAAGUAUAGUGCGUCCACGCAGCUCAAAGCACUUGCUGACCAAGUGCGUGUUGCUUAGGCAACGUAAAAUAGGACAUGUCAGCUUGCUCGUCAGGCCGACGAGCUGGACGGAAGCCCUAAGAAGGUAUCACUCGGCGUACGAAGAGCGAGGGUGGUGUGUAAGUGCUAAAUAGUAAGCCCAAUUAGCAUGACUGGGAGCAACAGGCUUCGCUUUCUUGGCUACAUCGUCGCCCACCUUGUUGCUACUGUCGAAGGGGCCCACGAGACCACAAACGUCGUGACGGGAGUACCAACGGCCACUGCGGCAACAACGCGCAGCUUCGAAGCCGAUGUGGACGAAGCCCUCAACCUGCUUUCUCGAAAGGCCCUACCGAUGGUCUCGGAGCUGUUAACAAGCGGGGAACUCAGCCCUGCCUGUUCCUCUAGCCUCAUCAAACUCUUCAUUCACUUGAGGCUCAAGGAACCGUGGGCAUUACGCAUGGUGACCGCCAAUGGCUUGGUUCCGACCAACCUGCUCGAGGGCAGCCUGGUGAGCUUGGGCGGCUACGAGCAGUGCCUCAAGACUCGUGUUCACGACUACCAGGGUGAGGUACUAUUGAAGGGCCGCUACUGCACGCUGUUCGCCCAAAUGCCCAAGGAUGCGAUGCGGGACAUUGUGAAGCGCUUCCACGCUGCCGGCAUGCUACGCGGACGGAAGGAUCCACUGACUGCAACUACGGACACUGGUUUUCAAAGCAUCGACUUCAGAGUGGGGAUAUGCCUGCCCUCACUGUGCUCACGUUCUGAAAUAGAUUUUCUCUUUAGUUCAAUCAUGAUGUCAUACGGAGUGAAUGCCACAGUUCGAGGGUGCAGAACAGAUGAUCCGAAAUCAUUAACGCUACUCCAGACAUGUUCCAUUGCACUGUUAUGCUGUCUAGCACUACUUUUAUGCGCUGGAACAAUCGCAGAAUGGUAUUUGAAGCCGUCAGGUACUACAAAACCAAAUGAACAAACUGUUAUGCGUCCUGCUGGAAGUCAGAGCGAUAGUAACAGCGCUGAAGCAUGUGGUAAGGCGCUAAAGGUAGACGCCCGCCGAAAAGAGCGAGAGGACGAGGCACGUCGUGGAGCGCUGGAAGACGACGCGCGCAGUAAAGUGAUGAGAGCCCGUCGCGCAGCGCUUGAGGAGGAGGAAAAUCGCGAGGCAUUUGACGUUGAGGCCCGUCACAAGGUGCAAGGCACCGAAGUGCGUCGGAGAGAGCCAGACGCUGAGGUGCAUCUCAAGGAGUUAGGAGCCGAGGCCCAUCGCAUAGCUAAGGACGCGGAGAUGCACCGUAAAGCGCUGGAGAUGGGGCCGCUUGGGCGAGCACGUGAUCAGGAUGAAUUGCGUCAAAGUGAGCACGAGGCUGACUACGAAGGCCUGGGAACAAGGGCUAUCUUUGAAAGGGAGAGGCCCUUACAAACUGAAGAGAAACUUUCGGGCGAGAUGUUUAACUUUAAAAGCAUCGGGACUCCCGUUCUGUCACAGGCAGAGACAGCUAGCAUCGGGCCCGAGGAAAAGCUAGGCUGUGGCAUUGGGGAAGGUUACGACCAACUCCAGUAUUCUGGGAUGAUGAAAGAGGAUGAGAAUCGCUUGAGAAGAGGGCCAUGA